GCUGUCAUCGAGUUUUAUUUUAUUAUUUUGGAAAAGAAUAGAAGCUUACAGUGAUGGAAGAAUAAUGAUAUUUUCGUGAAUCAUGUACAUGUUUUAUAUUACUCCAUUAGUUUUAAGAGAAAAAAAUAUAUACCGGUAGUGAAUAUCAAUAAGCGAUGAUAAGUAAAAAGGUACAAUAAGUGACGACGAUGGCGUCUGAUGGAGAAAUUUCAUGUACGAAUGAUCCUAAUUUCGCUGUUAUCUAUUCGUUUUUAAAAGUUUUCGGAAAACUGUAUAGUUUACAAGUACCUACGAUAUCAAAAUUACAAGAGCUGAUAGAGAAUACGCAGGAAGUGUUGGAGCCAUUAAAGGAGUUGCAUUUGAGAUUGUUACGUCGAGCACUGAAAACUGUUCAGAGUAACAGAUGGGAGAAGGGCUUAAUAAAGUUCUGCCACCAGCAAUCCCACCACCAAGAGGCUUGGGAAAUCGAAAGGUUUUCUUACAAGAAAGCUAGUACUCAAGUUAAAUUGAAAGUAUUGAAAAUUUUACUAGAAUAUCAGUUUACAUGUCACCCAAAGUUUAAGAAUGCGGUAAACAAUAUCUCCUGCAAGGAUCUGAGGUUGGAUCCAAUAGGCAGAGAUAAGAAUGGGUGUGUGUACUGGCUGCAAGUAGACCAUGAGGCUAACUUGUGCCUGUAUAAGGAAGACCAAGAUGAAGAGACGUGGCAAUUGAUAGCAAGGAAUAGGGAGGAAUUAGUAAAGGUCAUUGCACAAUUGAAGAGUGGUGAAGGGAUAUCACCAUCUGUAGCGCAUUUGAAUAAUGUAAAUAUUGAAGAUUCUAGUGGCAAUGAGGUGCAGCAGGACAAUGAGGUAUUAAAAAGUGACAAAGAUGAAGAAGAAAAUGAAGAGGAAUUUUUGAGCCCAGAGUCGGAAUCGGAACACGAAAGUGAUAAUCAAAAUGAAAAACAAAAAGAACCAGCAAAAGAUUCAGUGGAAGCAGAAAAUAGCACAGAAGUUUUAAAUAAAGAUACUAAGGAUUGUUGUGUAAAUACUAUAAAUAGUGAGGUUAAAGAUAUAGAAUCUAAGGAAAUGGAAAAAGACAUAGAAACUAGUGAAAGUAAACCUGAAAGUAAUGAAACAGUAGAAGAAUUAAAUGAAACAAAUUCAGAUGAAAUUCCUGAAGCCAAAUUACCUUCACCAAUUGCUGGUAGUGAGGAACAAAAAGAAGAAAAAGAGCCAGAUAAAGAAGAUCAUUCACUAGAAAAAGAAGACGAAUUAUUGGAAAAUGAAGAAAAACCAUCAGAACAAGAAGAUCAACCAAUAGAAAAAGAAAGUCCACAAGAUGACACAGUUAGUGAAGCUAUUGAAGAGCCUGUGAUGAUUGUAACUGGCGAAGGUUCUGGUGCAGAUUGUGAAAGCUCUUAUUUUUUCGGUGAAGAAAUCAGUGAGCCAGUUAUGUUUAUAUGCGGUGACGGUUGGGGCUACGAAAACGACACGGGUAAUCCUGAGGUUGAGGAACAACCUCAAGAAGAAGAGAAAGAGAAAUCUGAUGAAGAAAAUCCACCUGAAGAGUGCAAUGGUGAACACAAUGAUGUGUCAGAUUCUAGUAAGAAUAAAAAAGGUGUUAAAUUAAAAUCUGUAAAUAAGAGAACACUGAAAAAGCAGUCAACAGACAAUGCAGAAAUUCCUAAUUCCGAUUCUAAAAAGCAUUGUAAAAGAGAACCAGAAAAUUCAAAUGGUUCACAAAUGGUUGAAUCAGAAUCAAAUGCAGUAAAUAAUGAUAGUGAUAAAAGAGAAAGUAGUGUUAAUGAAAAUAGUGCUGUAGAGGAUAGUGUAAAUAAAACUACUAAGAAGAAGGUCAAAGGGAAAGUGAAAAAGAAACAUAUCUUAAGAAAAGGUGUUAAGCAGAAGGAAAAAGUGAGUUCAGUGUCUGAAAGUGAAAAUAUUCAGAAUGGAAAAACCAGUAUUAUUGAGAAGAGGAAGAGCAGUCUUUCGUCUGAUCAAGAUGAAGCCGAGUAUAACACUGAAAAUGAAAAGGAUAAAAGCACAGAAGGUGAACUGAAAGGAGAUGAGCCCUUGCCUUCGAAAAAAAUACGCUUAGAACCCACACCAGAUUUAGAUAAUGUAUCACAUUCCAAAGAAACUGAUACUCUAGACAAUAAAAACGAUGUUAGUAAUGAUAAUAUUGAAAAUAAAGAUUUAAAUGUAGAUGAAAAUUAUGAUUCAAUAUCACAUAGGAAAAAAAUUAAAGCUAGAAAAGGUAAAUUGAAGUCUAAAAAGUUCCUUCAAAAAGUGAAAGAUGAUUCUAAUAAGAGUAAUGAUAAGGUUAAUGAUGUUAAGAAAACUAGUAAGGCGUUAAAGAGGUCGCUAUUGAAUGCGACAUUGAGUGAUAAAAGUAAAUCUGAAUCUCAGAGUGAAAGUGAGGAAGAUGAACCUCUUUGCAGUGGGAAAAGAUUAAAAAUUAAACCUAAGAAAAUAAUAACCUCAACUAGGAAAAAAGUAGAAGCUAAGCUAAUGGCAAAAAGUUCUAGUGAAUCUGAGGAGGAGACUCUCUACAGUUUAGCUGGUAAGAAAACAGCGAAGAAACUGAAAAAGAAAGUACGCAAUGACAAGCAGAAGCCGAAAUCUGACAAAGUGGACGAUGAGCUCACACCGGUGCGGCAAUCGAGGAGGAUCGCACAGAUGAAGAUCAAGGAGGAGGCCGACCGGAGGCAUUUGGAAGAGGUGGCCUUGAGGGAACUCAAAAUGAUACAUAAGAAAAAGAACAAAGACGACGAAGACGAAUGGCGCGCCAGUGGGAGCAGUUCGGACGGGUCGCGGUCCCGGGCCAAGCGUCGCCCGCGCAAGUGGCGCCGCUCGGAGUCCACGCAGCCCGAGAACGAGUCGGAUUCCGAGCCGCUGUUCGAGCACGAGGAGCCCGACCUGGAAUUUAACAAGUCGGAUCAUGAAUUCUCACCUGAAUCUGAUCUGGAAACAGAUGGCACAGAUGAACCAGUACGACAAGCCAGGACUUUAGAAGGCGCAGCGGAGGGGUUCUGCUCGCGGUGCGGCAGCGGCGAGCAGCCGCAGUGGAUCCUGCUGUGCGACGCGUGCGACGCUGCCUACCACGCGAGCUGCCUCAAGCCGCUGCUGCUGCGCGUGCCCAGCGGCCGCUGGUACUGCCCGCCCUGCGAACACAAUCGACUUAUAGAAUCACUGGAAAAGGAAUUAGUGCAAUAUGACGAACUUUUGGCCACCGUGGAGGCAGAAAGGGAAAGAAAGCUUCUAGAAGAGCCGGAGAAGAAAGAAGAAGAUAAGAUUGUCCCGGAAGAGAAGAAAGAACAGUCGGAUGAGAAAUCUGAUGACGAUUCUGAUGGCAGCAGCAGCUGGUCAUCUUCCUCAGGUGCAGUAUACCGUUUACGUGCGCGCCGACAGCUGCCCGUCUCGUACCGAUCGCAAGAAUACGAUCGUCUCAUAUCCUCUGCUAUCAAGGAGGAGUAUGUUGAACCAACUACGAGUGCAGGCAACCAGGGUCGAGGGAAGGAUAUCUCCACCAUCAUUGAGGCAGCCGAAGAGGAAAAACUGAAGGCGGAGAGAGAAGCUAUUGAACAGGGCAAACCGGUGGAGUUGAAAAAAGCGAAACGCAAGCAACGCCGCAAGGCGCGCAAGCUCAACUCGCUCGAAGUUCCUUCUGAAGAUGAUGACGAAACCGAUGAAGAUUUUAAGGAUACUGGCAUGGACUCAUCCUCCUCCGAUGUCUCCUCAAGCGGGGAUCGAGACAGCUCCUCGUCGGGCGGCUCGUCGGUUGUGCGCUCGCGCAGACCGCACAGACCUGAACAUCGUGAUCGGAAAAAAAUGGUUGAAUCAUCGCCAGAAGUGAAGAAGAAAAAGAAAGGAGUCUUCGAGGACAGCUCGAGUGAAUCCGCCGGCGCUAAGGAGUGGUCGAACAAGUCCAAAGAGCACAAGCACCCCAAACAAUGUAAGCGUGCCCGCGGCAAGCGUCGCGCGCGCAGCCGGCCGCCGCGCGUCACGUACGGCGGGCUCAGCGACGCGCACAACGACCAGCCGCAACACCGCACCCGCCAGAGGAAGAUCGACUACACGGAGAUGCCCAACACGGAGUCCGAGGGCGAGAUGCACAAAUCGAGCGGCAAGCACAUGCCGGACAGUUCGGACGAAUUCAAAUUGGACGACUCCGAGCUCAGUUCCCCCCCUUCCCCGGCCUCCCCCGCAUCCCCCCCUUCCCCCGGAUCACACUCGAGUGCUGAAAGGAGGAGGGCUAUAUCGGAGCUGAUAAGGAAAACUGCGGUUGUGCCCUUGGAGAAACUGCCCGAUGACGUCACAAGGGCCAAGACGGAAGCGUUGCAAGCGCAUCUCGAUGCGCAAGCAGCUCUAGCGGCAGCGAGACCAUCACGCGGCCGCGGCAGUCGGGGUGGGAGAGGUAGCAGAGGCCGUGGUCGUGGUCGUGGCGCGGGAGCGAGUGCGAGUGCGAGUGGGCGUGGCAGCUCGCCGCACACGGACGAUGCGCUCGCCAAACUCGUCGGUGUCAAGAUUAAAGAUUUACGACCAGAUAGUACUCCACUAAGACCAAAUCAGAUGGAACGUGAGAAAAAACGACAGGAGCGCGAAGCGAAACAAGCUGAAAAAGAAGCGAGACGAAUGGAGAGAUUACAAAAGAAAGAAGAAAAAGAGAAACUAAAAGAGCAGAAGGCGAAAGAAAGAGAAGAAAAGAGAUUAGCGAAACUCGCUUUACAGGAAAGCAAACGGAUGAAACGGGAGAAACCGGAGUUCAGGGAGGGUUAUCCCGGGGUCCCAGGUGUCCCGGAGCCAUAUGGUAACAGGCCGGAGGGGUUCCCCGGGGUUAGACACCCCAACCCCUUCCCGGGGGGUCGACCGCCCGAGUUUGAUAGGUUCCCGCACGGACAGCCGCCGAGAUUGCAGCAGGUUCGUCCCGAGUUACGCGGCGUACUGGGCGAGCGGAGAGCGGACCAACUCGGCUUGAGAGAAGGCACGUUAUCAGUGGCAGGUUCCCCGCAGCCGUUCGCACCGAUGCCGGAGGAGCCCAGCGUCAUCACGCGCAUGCCGCACAUGCUCAACCACUAUCGUGGUCAGAUGAUGUACCCGCCGGGCGGGUCGGGCUACGGGCCCCGCGGGCAGGGCGUCAUGUACCAGCUGCACCCGGGGCUCGGGGCCCAGGCCCGGCCCGCCUACCCGCAGUACUACUACCCGCGGGGCCCGCCGGGCUCCCACGGGCCGCACGGGCCCCCCGGGCCCUCCGCCACGCCCCCGCACGGCCCGCCCAGUGCCUCGCCCCACGGACCCAACCAAUCCCCGCAUGGACCAACCCGUCCCCGCACGGGCCGAUACCAUCUCCGCACGGGCCUAUCCCGUCUUCGCAUGGCCCUAUUCCAUCGCCGCAUGGCCCCAUACCGUCGCCGCACGGGCCGAUCCCCUCCCCGCACGGGCAGAUGCAAUCUCCGCACGGCCCCGGCCCGUCCCCGCACGGCCCCGGCCCGUCCCCGCAUGGCCCCCCCCGGCCCAUCCCUGCACGGCCCGCCGGUGUCCUCCCCCCACCACCCGUCGUACCGCCCCGGCCCGUUCCCGCUCCGCCCCGGCAGCAGACCGGACCCGCACGGUCACUCGGUCCCGUUCCCGCACGGCAUGUCCCCCGGCCCCAGCAUGCCGCACGGGCCUAAUGGUCCGCACGGGCAGAACCAGGGCCCAGUAAACAUGCAGCACGGCCCGCCAGCAUCCUCCCCGCACGGCCCGCACGUGCACCCGGCGGCUUCGCCCCACGGCCCGCUGUCGGGCCCGCGGGGACCGUCCCCCGGGCUUAUGCAAGGCGGCAGGCCGCCCGGGCCCGUACUUAAUCCAGCAAUACCUCGCCCCACUGAAGGAUCAGUGUCGCCUAGCCGCCAAAACUCGCCUGAUAAUUUACCAAUUAAAAUCAAAGCUGAAGUAAAAACGGAGCCCGAGUAUCAGUCGCCUCCUGGCUCGCCUUCCCAGCGGCCGAUGUCCCCGGAGCUCCCGCGCAAUAGAAUAAAACACACAGAAAACAAGGACGGGCGCCGGCCGCUGGGCCCCUACGCCCCGCAGUACGGCCCCUACGGGCCCUACGCCCCACCUUCCGCCCCGGACAGCCUGCAGGCGCGGCUCCAGCACCCGCUCCGCAUGCCCGGCGUCCCCGGCUACCUCGACCCCAAACCUUCUCCGUCCCAGAGCCCCUUGCCCCCGGACCGCGUGCCCUUCGACCCGGCCCUCCGCCCCGACCGACCGAUGAUGCCGGAAGGGCCGAGACCCAGGCCCCUGCACGAGAUGAUCAGACCUCCCGCGCCGGACAAGCACGUGCCCGUCAGACCGCCGGGCGACAGAAUGCAUGAUGUGAUCAGACCCGCGGAAGGUUCAAUUUUGCACGACAUGAUUAGAGCUCCCAUCCGGCCCAUAAUGCACGAUAUGCUCCGGCCGCCAACGGACAGACCUAACCCGAUGCCGGACCCGCACCGGCUGCCCACACCGGACAGACAAUUACAAAGGCCACCAGGGCCAGAACGCAACAUACAGGACAUGCGGUACGACAGACCCAUGAUGGCGGACAUGCCGCGGCCGGGUGACAGAAUGCAUGACAUAUUACGUGAGAAGAACGUACAUGAGAUGCCGCGGUACCCGCCGGAGCGGAAUCUGAUCCGUGACAUGUCAAGACCGCCCGACGCGCUGAGGUCAGCUGCCCCUGAACGGCUCCUGCCCCAGGCACACGAGCUGCCCCCACGAGACUUGCCCCCGCGGGACCUGCCCCCACACGAGCUGCCCCCCCGGGAGCUGCCCCCGCACUACCCCUACAUGCGCGGGGUGCGGCCCUACCUGCCGCUGCCCCGCCCCCCGCAGCCCCCCAGCCCGGGCACGUUCGCGCAGUACGACAUGGGCCGGGUCGACAAGCCGCAGAUGGCGCGCGACUCUGUGCUCAUGAGGAAGCUGUCUCCCAAGCCCGAUGAGCCUCCAGAAGCGAGAGAGAGUGAAUCCCCUCGAGAGGACGAGCCGCCAGCUUCGCCACCGGAGCGGAAGCCCGAGCUGGCCCAGCUCGAAGGCCAGCUGCCUCUAAAACCCGCCGCUAUCAAGGAGGAGCGCGAGGAGGGCAGCGUGUUCGGAGGCCUCGUGUCCUACUUCUCGAGCCAGCGAGAGGACGACAUAGACGCGUAGUUGUUAGUUUUUCGUGUAAAUAUAUAGAUAAUUAUUUAUCCCGCGAUAUUAUCAUUGACGGUUUCGGUUCACGAUGAACUAGUUCUCGAAUACGAACGAUGUAUUAUUAUUUUUGUUUACAUUUAAGUGAGAUUAUUUAUAUACAGAACGAUAAGUACUUAUUGUAUACUCUAAAUACGAAUUUUAUUACAGAGGUAUUUCUUUUUGCAAAUAAAUGUUUUUCUCCUA